AUAAUGUAUAAAUAAAAUAACAAUUUUAUCGUGCGUAUAGCGACAGCACUGUACUGCGCACGCGUGUGCCCACAAUAAUAGUUUUAUUAUUAUGUAUUCCGAUUUCGGCAGCAGUCUGUGGUCUGUUCCCGAGACAGGCGCAUCGAGGUAGAGUUGCCGCAAUUCACAGUAUUACGUGGUGCAUACAUGCAUCCAGAACAUUACAAUAACAUUAUGCGACGAGUCAAUCAUUGCAAUAAAUCGACUUUAUUUCGAGUACUACGUUUUUUGUCAACUGAAACAAAGAUUCUUAAAGAAUUUAACGAAAUCCCAGGACCAAUAUCUUUACCGCUAGUUGGCACCCUUUACCAAUACUUCCCGGUGUUCGGUAAGUACAAAUUUGACCGAUUACAUCACAAUGGAUUGACGAAACUCCGUCAGUACGGUCCGGUUGUUCGAGAAGACAUUGUACCUGGCGUGUCUAUAGUGUGGAUAUUCAAACCGGAAGACAUCGAGAUGCUUUAUCGGAAAGAAGGCAGGUACCCGGAAAGACGUAGUCAUUUGGCAUUACAAAAGUACAGAUUGAGUAAACCAGAUGUAUACAACACUGGAGGGCUAUUGCCUACAAAUGGCAAGGAUUGGUGGAGACUUAGAAAAGCAUUUCAAAAACAUUUGAGUAAGGUUCAAUGCGUCAAGGGGUAUGUGAACAGUACGAACACAGUAGUAGGAGAAUUUAUAGAUCGGAGAAUAAGACGCGAAGGACGCACAGAUGAUUUCAGCCCUGAACUAUCUAGACUCUUCCUCGAACUAACGUACUAUAUCGCAUUCGAUAAACGACUUCAGCGGUUCAAAGACAAAGAAUGGGACUCUAAUUCGGAAAGUUCGAAAUUGAUCAAAGCAGCUCACGAUAUAAACAGUGCGAUACUGAAGACUGAUAAUGGACCACAACUAUGGAGAAAAUUUGAAACCCCCAUGUAUAAAAGUAUAAAAAAAGGACACGAACACAUUGAAAAAAUCGCCCUAAAAGUUGUAAGUGAAAAACUAACCAGUAUUAAAACGACAGACUCCAAAACAUCAUUAUUAGGAGAAUACUUGAGCUCAGACGAGACAGAUUACAAAGACGUAGUUGGAAUGACUGUUGACACUUUGUUAGCUGGAAUCGACACGGCGACGUACUCCUGUUGUUUCGGACUUUACCAUUUGUCAUCAAACCCAGACGUGCAGAAGAAAAUAUUCGAUGAAGCACGAGCCCUGCUCUCGGACAACAAUACACCGGUCACCGAUAGGAUAUUAGAGCGGGCCGUGUACUCGAAAGCGGUCGUCAAAGAGAUGUUCCGGAUGAAUCCGAUAUCGGUGGGCGUCGGUCGGAUACUGCCAGAGGAGUGCGUGUUUUCGGGAUACAGAGUCCCAGCAGGAACGGUCGUGGUGACGCAAAAUCAGGUGAGCUGUCGUCAAGAGGAAUACUUCCGGCGACCCGACGAUUUUGUGCCGGAAAGAUGGCUAAAAGGUAGCGUCCAUUACGAGUCGGUCAGUCCGUAUUUGGUUUUACCUUUCGGCCACGGACCUAGGACGUGUAUAGCGAGACGUUUGUCAGAGCAAUUUUUGCAGGUCGUGCUCAUAAAAAUCGUCAGAAACUUUGAGAUGACUUGGACGGGACCAAAGUUGGACAGUAAAUCUUUAUUGAUAAAUAAACCGGACGGACCGAUAUCUUUAAUAUUCAAGACCAGAGACUGAACAAAAUCAUUUUAAUUUUAUCUACUUCACUUAAUAUAAAAAAUAUAGAUAGCUUGAUUACAAAUUAUAAUUUUUAUAUUUAUAUACAUUGGUAUAAUAAUUAUAGGUAUAUAAUAAAUAACUCCAAA